UUAGUCCUCCAUCAUCAGAAAAAUGCUACAGGAACAUGUUAAAAACACCAUUUUCUUUGGAUUGGGUCUUAAAAGUGGUUUAGAUUCGUGAAAAAUCUGCAGAGCUUCCAUCAUUCCCGCCUAAACACCCAGACAGCUCGAGGAGCAUCUGUAUGUCUUUCAGAGACUUCCUCGGUCUGUGAAGGCUCAGGACGCGCCCUCCUCUCUGAUGACGCACUGCGAGCGCACGCACAAGGCGAAACAUGGCGAGGCUGAGCGAGCAUGGGAUUCGUCUGAGUUCUAUGAAUCCCUCCUUCCUGAACAGCAACUCCACAAGUCACACCUGGCCGUUCAGCGCCGUGGCAGAACUGAUAGACAAUGCCUCAGACCCAGGCGUGUCUGCUAAGCAGAUAUGGAUUGAUGUUGUUGAUGAAGAUGAUCAGCGCUGUUUGACAUUCACCGAUAAUGGCAGCGGCAUGACCCCAAACAAACUGCAUAAGAUGCUCAGCUUUGGUUUUACAGAAAAGGGUUCUGGUAAAAGCAGCCAGCAAGCCAUCGGCGUUUAUGGGAAUGGAUUCAAGUCGGGCUCCAUGCGUCUGGGCCGCGAUGCGCUCAUAUUCACCAAGAACGGCGGCUGUCAGUCUGUGGGAAUGCUGUCUCAAACCUACCUGCACAACAUCAAAGCUCAGGCUGUCAUCGUUCCCAUCGUUCCCUUCAACCAACAAACCAAGUUGCUGGUUGUGACUGAAGACUCAACAGCCAGCCUAGCAGCCAUCCUGGAACACUCCAUCAUCAGCUCAGAGGAGCAGAUACACGCUCACUUUGACUCUAUUCGCUCCAAAAAAGGCACCAAGAUCUUAAUCUGGAAUAUUCGCAGGGCUAAAGAUGGCAACACAGAAAUCGAUUUUGAGACGGACCCAACUGACUUUCGUUUGCCUGAGAUUUCGACUGAAGAGAUAAAGAAGGGUCUGAGCAGCAGUGGGUCCUUGAGACAUGACCAGAACAUCCCAGACAUGUAUUACAGCCUGCGGGCCUACCUCAGUAUUCUGUAUCUAAAGCCGAGGACACAAGUGAUACUGAGGGGCAAGAAAAUUCAGGCAAAGCUGGUGUCGAAGAAGCUGAGCUACAUCGAGCAUGACGUGUACAAACCCCAGUUUAGUAAAGAGAAGGUGAAAGUGACUUUUGGAUUAAACAGUAAAAGCAAGGACCAUUAUGGCAUCAUGAUGUACCACAAGAAUCGACUCAUUAAGGCGUACGAGAAAGUGGGAUACCAGCUUAAGGUCUCCGGGCAAAGAGCGGGGAUUGGGGUGAUUGGUGUCAUCGAGUGCAACUUUCUCAAACCUGCUCAUAACAAGCAAGACUUUGAGUACACCAAAGAAUACAGACUUACUCUUGGAGCGUUGGGGCUGAAACUGAACGACUACUGGAAGGAAGUGACAGACAAGAAGGCUAGAGAGCGAGAGUUCAAGACUGCAGAGAAAAACGACGAUGAAAACCAGCAAAGUGAAGACGAGGGUCCCGCGUGGUUACAGUGUGAAGAUUGUCUGAAGUGGAGAAGCAUCCCCGCAAACUAUUAUGAGGUCACUCCUGAAAGCUGGAAAUGCAGUGAAAACCCAAAUCCACGUUACAGAAGCUGUUCAUCACCAGAGGAAGGGGAGGAGAGUGGGGAUCAGUUAACCCCCAGCUACCAGAAAAACCACAAGAAACUAGAGAACAGAAAACGCCAAAGGUCAUUUGAGGUUUGUCAGUGGCAAGAAACCGAGUCAAAGCUGCUCAUUUUGUCGCGCGCUUCAUCUGCCCCCGAGCGGCCCUCCUCUCCGUUUUCUGGAACGUCUGAAGAAACAGCAUCAAGACUUGGACCCCAUUCCGAGGAGAACACGUCUGAAUGCCCUGAAACAGACACUCAAGACCUGUUGGACCAACACACCGAUAAUGAUGCGGUGGCACAAACUGAUACAAACCUCCAGGACAAGUAUGCUCAAACACACGUGGGAAUUAGAGACAAGAAUGAAGCCUUACGAGCGCCGAAUAUUGAAGAUCAGCCAGAGGACAAAGAAAAUGACACAACGGGAGACAGAUGUAUCGAUAUAAGCGAGGAGAACAAAGACAUUUUUAGCCGCAAAAGAAAGCCUGAAUUGAGAUCCUAUCAUGGGAAAAAGAAACAGUACCUUUUUGGGGAAAAUAAAUUCAGCUCCAGAAAUGUCGAUGAGAAUUUGCAUCCCAGGAAGCAACCAAGCUCCCAAGUCAAAACGGACGGCAGCCACUCGGAGAACUCAGGCACACUGCAACUGAACCCGACCGGCACCAGUCACACCUGGACCCACUCUCUCCAAACCACCCAGACGGUAAUAGUCCCUCCGCUGAGUAGAGAAGGUCAUCCCCUUCAGCCUCCAGAAGGGGGCGACCGUGAGGCUAAACUGCAGAGGUUAGCGUCGAUGGAGAAAGAGGUCCUGAGGCUGCGCGGCGUUUUGGGAAUGGAGGUGGGAAGCACAACUCAAGGGACAAUGACAGCGGAGGAUGAAUGUGCUGAAAAAGCAGCAAGCAGGGAGGUGGGCUGCCAGACCGAUCCACCAGAGUGUCCUUCCGUUGCCGAUCCGAGUUUGGCUGCAGUGCCUCAGGGCCUGAUGGUCCCGGGUCAGAAAGCGGAGUCCAGAGAUCAGCUGGAGCAGAACAAAGCCAGACGGGAGCGAGCUGAAGGUCAGAGCAGGAUGAGAGGGAGCGACAGCGAGUCCUAUGAGGACAGCAGAUUAGCGCACCAGAAUCUGCACGACAUCCGCAACAACGUGGUGGUGCUCCUCACGGCUCUGCUGCCCCAGCUGGACCUGAACGGAAUCAGCCUGGAGACGGCCGACGUGGACAACAUCCUGCAGCAGAUCAUCGAGGUCAACUCGCUGAAACUAUGAAAAUCCCUCCUUCGUUCUUCUUGUUCUCAUGCAAGUUUAAGCUAAAGGCAGUGUACAGUAGCCGGUACGUUCAUAGCUGUUCUUCUGGAUUUACUUUUUUCAAUUUCCAUUUUAAAAUAAAACAUCAAAUCACCCACUUUGAUUAGGACCGGGGACUCAUACCGUCCUUUUAUCCCUCCACUGCAGCUCUUUGGCUUUGAAGAAAAAGGAUUAGAAUAAGAUUAAAGCACAUAUUUGUAUCUUCUGCAGCACUACUAGCUCUAUUUAGAGGUAAAUUUCUAUUUCGAUUUAAAAAACAUUUGGAUUUUACACCAAUAUUACUGUGUGUAAAAGGAAAAAAAAGGAUGAAGGUGCACCAAAGUCAUGAAAGGAAAUCUGCUUCAGCAGGAGGAUCCUAUUUGACAAUGGGGGUAUCUUAUUUUGAAAAUAACCUGCUAUCAAAAGUUAAAAAAAAACCAACUAUUCUAUACAUGAAAAUAUAACACCUUUUAAAAUCAAUUAUUGAAAACAUUAAGUAGCUACAUUUUAUAAAUAUAUAGUUUAAUGCUUACAGAAACAUAAAAUAUUUUUGCAGCUCUCGCUGUGUUUUGGUCAAUAAAAGUUGCAAACCCCUGGAUUAGGAAGCACCACUUAAAUCCCUAGUAUAAUAGAAAAAAAAGACUUUUGUUACACAAAAAUAUAAAGAGAGGCAUUAAAAAGGUACUGUGAAAAGCUUAAAGAUAACUUAAAUUAUAUUGUGUUAUCAAUCAGGGAUUGAAACCCAAAAUCUGUUUCUUUAAAGGAUAAAAUCCUUUGUAUAGAUAAUGUAUUGCUUGUUUUAUUGGAUGUACUUUUUAUUUACAUUUAAAACAUUUUGUAAAGUUUGAAUUCUUGUAAUGUUUAAACAAGUUUUUCUAAGUCAUUAUUCUUCAGACAUGUGAAAUUUUCCUUGUGUGUUUAAUGUUUCCGUUUACUCUAAGUUUCUAUUCAUGUUUUAAAGUAUUGUGUUGAUGAGUAAUGACAAGUUUUACAUGUUUUUGCUGUUCAGUUCGAAAUAAAUACUUCAAGUUUUAUCUUGU